AUGGAGGAAAAAGUGAAGGAAAAAGGUGAAAAGCUAGAAGAAAAGGAGGAUACAGUGGAGGCAAAAGUAGAAGAGAUGGAUAUAAAAGAAGACAGAAUGGAGGCAGAACAGGAGGGGAUAGAGGCAAAGCUUGGAAAGGUGGAAACAAGAGAUGAAAGAGGCGAGCAGAAUGACGAACAAAUGGAAGAAAACAACAAUCAAGAUGAGCAAAAAGACGAGGAGAUGCAAGAUGCUGAUAGUAGAUCUGAAAGUUCUGUUUCUAUUUCGGAUGAAGAUGAGCAAUUGCUGUCGGGAGAUGAUGAUGAGUUGGAUCUUGAGAAACCUCUGAGCGAGGAAGAAAUAGAAGAGUUAAUUUCAGAUCUGUUGGGAGUAGAGAGUAAGGCUGCAGAAGCUCAAGAAGCACUUGAAAAAGAGUCUCUUUCUAGAGUAGAGAGUGAAGUUAGGGUGGAAUUAGCCCAAACACUCCAUGGCGAUGAGCUGGAUAAAGCUGUGGCAGCUGAAAUGAUGACUUUUAAAGACGAAUGGGAGGCAACACUUGAUGAGCUUGAAACCGAAAGUGCAAACUUGUUGGAGCAACUUGAUGGUGCUGGAAUCGAGCUUCCAAAAUUGUACGAAAUGAUCGAAAGUCAAGCCCCUGAUGGUUGUUACACUGAAGCUUGGAAACAAAGGGCCCACUGGGUUGGGACUCAGGCGACAAAAGAAACUGUGGAAUCAUUGGCUAACGCAGAGAAGUUUCUUCAUACUCACCGGCCUGUCCGAAAACGACAUGGAAAACUUUUGGAGGAGGGAGCUAGUGGGUUUCUGGAGAAAAAGCUUGCUGAUGAUGCUGUUAAAGAGUGUCUAGCUGGAACAUCUGAGCUUGACUGGUCGUCUCUCAACAAAGUUUUUUCGGAAAAAAGAGACGAUGCUAUUUCCUUCAGUAGUAAGCAUUGGGCUUCUGUUUACUUGGCAAGCACUCCACAACAAGCUGCAGCCAUGGGAUUAGAAUUUCCAGGAGUAAAUGAGGUGGAGGAAAUCGAUGAGAUUGAUGCAAGCUUGGCAGACCCUUUUUUAGCCGAUGCAAUAGAAAAUGAAAGAGAACUUGCCCUUACUGAAGAACAAAAGAAAAAUUAUAUAAGGGUCAAAGAAGAGGAUGAUAUAAAUAUAGAUCGUGAACUUCAACUUCGUUUGAAACGGAAGAGACGCAAGAACAGAUCUAAACAGGCUAUCAGGCGUGCAGCAGAGAAUAGGGAUGAUGAUUCUGCAUAUUUGGAUGGGAAUUCUAUUGCCCCAAAUCUUGCUGAAGAUAAUGAACUCAGCAAAGAGGAAAAUGGGGAUUUGUCUAAUUCAGAUGUAGAUAAGAUGGUCCCCGUCACAGAGUCAAAUGUAGAUACCAUGAUUGAUGAUUCAGAUAAUCCAGCAAGCAAUUUUAGGUGUACUGCCUGUAAUAACGUAGCUGUGGAAGUGCAUAGUCAUCCGCUUUUAGAAGUAAUAGUUUGCAUGGAUUGCAAACGUUCAAUUGAGGAUAGAGUUGCUAAGGUUGAUGACUCUUCGGAACGUCAUUGUGAAUGGUGUGGUCACAUUGCUGACUUAAUAAAUUGUAGGUCAUGCGAAAGACUUUUCUGUGCAUCAUGUAUAAGGAGGAAUAUUGGUGAAGAAUAUUUGUCUGAAGCUCAAUCCUCUGGUUGGGAUUGUUGUUGUUGCUGUCCAAUUCCCUUGCAAAGACUGACACUGGAACUGGAGAAAGCCAUGGGAGAUAAGAAGUCAACAGAGUCCAGCUCUGAUUCCAGCUCUGAUUCCAGCUCUGAUAACAAUUCUGUUGAUACAGAUGCUGAUGUCAAUGUAGCAAUAAGCUCAAAGAAGAAAUCAAAAAAGAAAAUUCGGCGGAUAAUUGAUGAUGCUGAACUAGGGAAAGAUACGAGAAGAAAAAUUGCAAUUGAGAAGGUGUUAAAUUUCUCGACUCUUACUUUUGUUAUACUGGUUUACUAA